AAAAUUGAAGUUAGACAUUGUAUAUCCAAAUGAAUUAUGAAUGACUAAUGUCUCCCCCUAAAAGUCCAAGCUGGAGAAGAUAGUGUUGUUCAUCUUCGGCGGCAAUGGAAGUUGUGGGUUAUGGCCAUUCACUCAGACCCUCACACCCACUUUCUCUCUUCAAGUUCAGACCAACCUUCAGCUCGGCUAUUUUGAUUUCCUUAAACAAACAGACCAUAAAGUCUUUGCAAGUGAGUGCAGUAGCUUCUCCUGCUGGAUUUGAUGAAAUGGUUUCUGGGAACCAGCGUAAGUAUUACAUGCUAGGUGGUAAAGGAGGAGUUGGGAAGACAAGUUGUGCUGCUUCACUUGCUGUAAAAUUUGCAAAUAAUGGUCAUCCCACUUUAGUAGUUUCAACUGAUCCUGCACAUUCUUUGAGUGAUUCUUUUGCCCAGGAUUUGACUGGCGGGACACUAGUUCCAGUUGAAGGCCCGUAUUCUCCAUUAUUUGCCCUUGAGUUGAAUCCUGAAAAGGCCAAGGAAGAAUUUCGAAGUGCGACCCAGAUAAGUGGAGGAUCUGGUAUCAAAGACUUUAUGGACGGUAUGGGCCUUGGGGUGCUUGCUGAACAGCUUGGGGAACUAAAGCUUGGAGAACUGCUGGAUACACCCCCUCCUGGUCUAGAUGAAGCCAUUGCAAUUUCAAAGGUUAUGCAAUUCCUUGAAUCGCCGGAAUAUAAUAUGUUUACUCGUGUAGUGUUUGACACAGCCCCGACGGGACAUACUCUACGGCUCUUGUCUUUGCCAGACUUCUUGGAUAAAUCAAUUGGAAAGAUAUUGAAGUUGAGACAGAAGAUAGCUUCUGCCACUUCAGCAAUAAAGUCUGUCUUUGGCCAGGAAGGAACGCCCAAGCCAGAUGCUGCAGAUAAAUUAGAGCGGUUAAGGGAGAGGAUGAUAAAAGUAAGGGAGCUUUUUCGUGACACAACCUCAACGGAAUUUAUCAUAGUAACAAUCCCCACGGUUAUGGCAAUUAGCGAAUCAUCCAGGUUGUGUGCUUCCUUAAAGAUGGAAGAUGUUCCUGUCAAGAGGCUUAUUGCUAAUCAGGUCCUUCCGACAUCAGCCUCAGAUUGUAAGUUCUGCUCAAUGAAAAGAAAGGACCAAAGUCGUGCUCUGGAUAUGAUCCAGAAUGACCAAGAGCUCUCUAGCCUGAUGUUGGUCCAGGCACCCCUUGUUGAUGUAGAGAUCAGAGGUGUUCCAGCUCUUCAGUUUUUAGGGGACAUUGUCUGGAAAUAAAGAAAAAGAACUUGACACUGCAUCAGCUAAUCAGAUGUUUCCAGUGGCAUUUGUCAACAAACUGCAUCGAUGGACUAUGAGCACCCAAGUCUUUUGAUGCUCUUGCUCUAACUAGUGAACACAAAUACAUGCGAUACUCGUGUUAUUUUGCUAUGUUACAGGAAAAUACACAGUGGGAGUUGCCUUGGGAUGAGUCAACAUUUGAAAUAAAAAAGAUCGUGGCGAAGCACUAGUGAAACAAGUAAACUAGAUGUGAAUCAACCGUUUAUAUUUUUCUUUUCCUGGGACAUAGUGAACUUGUUUUGUUGUAUAAAUGGGCUAUACGAUGCUUUUUAUUUUGUGGAUUUCAAAACUGCUAAGAAA